UGAUUAGAAAGAAAACAAGAACUGUCGAUGUGUGAUAAAUGUAGAAUGUGUGUUCAAAAACACUCAUAAAAUUGGUAUAUAUACCAUUUAGUUUCAUUAGAAAUGGCAUUGAAUGCGGACGAUGAUAUUUUACCACAGUAUCCCCUUAAUUCUGAAAAGAAAACCCACCUUUGUGACAUAUGUAAUAAAAUAUUCACUAGUAACUGGAAUUUAACCCAACACAAAACUAUUCACACAGGAGAAAGGCCAUAUUCAUGUAGUGUAUGCGAUAAAACAUUUUCACGUAAAUCAGGUUUAAAACAACACAGUCAUGUUCACGAAGAAAAAGAUUUCAAUGACGAAAAUAAUUUAACUUUAGAUUCACUUAUUGCGACUGAAAAGAAAACUUACUCAUGUCAUGUGUGUAAUAAAAUAUUUACCGCUAAAAAGUAUUUGAACAGACACUAUCUUAUUCAUACGGGAGAGAAACCCUAUUCUUGCGACAGGUGCGAUAAAACAUUUGCUUUUAAAUGUAGGCUAGACGAUCACUAUCGUGUUCAUACGGGGGAGAGACCGUAUACAUGCAGUGUUUGUAAAAAAACUUUUAAACAUCAGAGUACAUUAACUGAACACAGCCGUCUUCAUACCGGAAUAAAAAAGUAUAUGUGCGCUUUGUGUGACAAAUCAUUUGUACGAAAACAUGAAUUAGUAACACACAACCUUCGCCAUACUGGAAAGAAGCCUCACGCAUGCACUAUGUGUGAUAAAUCAUUUUUGUGGAAGAAUCACUUAAAAGUGCAUUACCGCACUCAUACUAAAGAAAAACCUUAUUCAUGCAGCGUGUGUAAUAAAGCUUUCCGGUAUAAAAGUUGCUUAACGCAGCAUAAUAAAGUUUGUCCCCUCGAGAAACGAAAACCUUAUCCGUGCAAUAUGUGUGACAAAUCGUAUAGCCACUUUAAAAGUUUAAAAAAACAUUAUGUUAUUCAUAAUUCUCCAUUUGAGAAUUGCAUAACACAACAAAGAAAUGUUCAUAUACCUAAGAAAAAGGAAAUACACGCAUGCAGUGUGUGUGGAAAAAAAUAUAGGCAUCUCAAAAGUUUAGAAAAGCAUGACACUAUACAUAAUUCUAUAUUAAAACAACCACUGGUAAAAAGUGAAUCUGAAAAAUGCUCUUUUUAUUAUUAAUAAUGGAAAGAAAACAUGACAUUCUGUUGUAAAUAUCAGUUAAAUAUCCAUAUUUAGCAUUCAUUUGUAAUUUAUUAUAUUCAUUAUUACAUUUAUUAUAAUAUAUGAGUAUAACAUAUAUUAGGGUGUAACCUAUUUGUGCAAUCUAUGUGAUAAAUCAUUGUUCAUAAUCAUUAAAACAUUAUCUUUAUCAUAUUAAAAAAAAACUUAUUCAUGCUGUAAAUAUGUUCAUUAAUCAUUGGUGAAUCAUUUGAAGGUCCACUAUUGUAUUAUAUUUAUACGAAAAGGAAACCUUGUUUAUCCUAUGGAAGAGUAUCAUAUUAGUUCUUGUAUCAACUACAAUCAUUGUUGUGACAAUAGGUUUUUACUUCCUGUUUUGGCAUAGGUACAAAUAUAGAAUAUAUUCCCAUGCAAUGUGUAUAAUUACGCUAUUUAAUUUUAAAAAAUUUUUUCACAACACUAUGUAAACCAUACUGUUAAGAAACUUUAUUCAGGCAGUGUGCAUGACAUGUUACAACACUGUAAAAAAAUUAUAACUCUGUACAUAAUUCUGAAAUAA